UCUGCAGCAUUUAGUUGACAUCAUGUCUAAGAAAGGAGGAAGAAGCGGGCCGGAGUUCGAAGGGCCGGUUGAUGCUUCCAUCAUCCGCAUCCCGCCUCAUCACUACAUCCAUGUGCUGGACCAGAACACCAACAUCGCCCGGCCGGAAAUUGGACCGCUCACCUACAUCCGCCAGGACAAUGAGAGAGUCCUCUUCUCCCCGGUCCGGAUGAUCAUGGUGCCACCGCGUCACUACUGCGUGGUCGUCAACCCCGUCGCCCGCGAUGACGACAGGGAAGUCCUCUUCGACCAAUCAGGACAGGCCAAGCUCCGCCACGCUGACCUGGAGAUCCGUCUGACCCAGGAGCCAUUCCCCCUGUACCCCGGAGAGGAGAUCCAGCAGGACGUGACUCCGCUGCAGAUCGUGUAUCCGGACACGGCGCUGCGUCUGCAGGCUCUGCUCGACUUCGACGAGGAGGGAGGAGAGAAGAGAGUCGCUGGAGACGAGUGGCUGUUUGAAGGACCUGGGACGUACAUCCCCAAGAAGGAGGUGGUUGUUCUGGAGACAAUCAAGGCCACAGUGAUCCGAGAGAACCAGGCCAUCAGACUGAGAGCCCGCAAGGAGGGCGUGGACAGAGGAGGAGUCCGCAGGGUCACAGGUGAGGAGUGGCUGGUCAGCAAGGUGGGAGCAUACCUACCAGGAGCUCACGAGGAAGUUAUCGACAUCGUGAACGCUUUCAUCCUGACUGAUAAGAAAGCGCUCCAUGUUCGCGCUCUGCGCCCAUUUAAAGAUGCCGGUGGCCGGGACCGUCGUACGGGGGAAGAGUGGCUCGUCACCAUGGCCGACAGAGAAGCUCACAUCCCCUCUGUGGCGGAGGAAGUGGUGGGGGUGGUGGAUGUGACCACUCUGAGCAGCAGGCAGUACUGUGUGAUUCUGGACCCGGUCGGAUCCGACGGGAAACCUCAGCUCGGACAGAAGAGGGUUGUCAAGGGUGAGCGUUCAUUUUUCCUGCAGCCGGGUGAGUGCCUUGAACAGGGCAUCCAGGACGUGUACGUGCUGUCAGAGGAGGAGGGUCUCGUGCUCCGAGCUGUGGAGGCGUUCAAUGACACCCAGGAGCGUGAUGAGGAGGAAGAGGAGUCCGAGGAGGAGGAGGAGCAGCGUAGGCAGGAGAGGGCGAAGCGCUCGCGGAAGAGCGGGGUCCUCCGUCGCCCGGGAGACCGCUGGAUGCUGCGGGGUCCCAUUGAGUAUGUCCCACCUGCUGCUGUGGAGGUGAUGCUGAAAAGAGAAGCCAUCCCCCUGGAUGAGAACGAGGGGAUAUAUGUCCGGGACAUCAAAACUGGAAAGGUGCGAGCAGUGAUCGGUCACACCUACAUGCUGACCCAGGAUGAGGAGCUGUGGCAGAAGGAGCUUCCACCUAACGUGGAGGCCCUACUGUCCGCCAAUCGGGACCCGAUGGCUGACCGCUCGGACCGGACCACAACCGGAGAACUCAAAGUGAGGGACAAGACCCGAGUGGUGUCCUAUAGGGUUCCCCACAACGCCGCUGUCCAGGUGUAUGACUACAGAGAAAAGAAGGCCAGGGUGGUGUUUGGACCAGAGAUGGUGAUGUUGGGACCCGACGAGCAGUUCACUGUGCUGUCCCUGUCUGGAGACAAACCAAAGAGGGCCAAUGUCAACAAGGCUAUCUGCCUCCUGCUGGGGCCCGACUUCUUCACCGACAUCAUCACCAUUGAGACGGCCGAUCACGCCCGCCUACAGCUGCAGCUCUCCUACAACUGGCACUUUGAAGUGACGUCUCCUGCCGACGUCGCUGAUGCAGCCGCGCUGUUCUCAGUUCCUGACUUUGUUGGAGAUGCCUGCAAAGCUAUCGCCUCACGUGUCAGAGGGGCUGUCGCCUCUGUGCAGUUUGAUGAUUUCCACAAGAACUCAAACCGGAUCAUCUGCUCUUCAGUGUUUGGCUUUGAUGAAAAGCUGGCUGUCCGUUCAAGCCUUCGUUUUAGCCAGAACAAUCUGAUUAUCAGCAGUGUGGACAUUCAGUCUGUUGAGCCUGUCGACCAGAGGACACGAGACGCCCUGCAGAAGAGCGUCCAGCUGGCCAUCGAGAUCACCACCAACUCCCAGGAGGCAGCUGCAAGGCACGAGGCGGAGCGUUUGGAGCAGGAGGCUCGGGGUAAGCUGGAGAGGCAGAGGAUAACUGACCAGGCUGAGGCUGAGAAAGCCAGGAAGGAGCUGCUGGAGCUCGAGGCACUCAGUGCUGCGGUGGAGAGUACCGGAGCUGCGAAGGCAGAGGCUCAGUCUCGGGCCGAGGCGGCUCGUAUUCAAGGAGAGGCAGCUGUGAACGAGGCCCAACUGAAGGCUGAAGCUCAGAGGAUUGAGGCGGAGUCAGAGCUCCAGCGGCUGGCGAAGGCUCGUGAGCAGGAGCUGAACUACAAAAAAGAGAUGGACAAUCUGGAAGUGGAGAAGCAGAAGCGUAUGGUUCUUAUCGAGAGCGAGCGCUUCAGUCAGCUGGUGCAGAAUCUGGGCAGUGACACAUUGAAGGAGAUGGCCCGAGCUGGGCCUGAGCUGCAGGUGAAAAUGCUGCAGGCUCUGGGGCUGAAGUCCACCCUCAUCACUGAUGGAUCAUGUCCCAUCAACCUGUUCACUACCGCCAACGGCCUACUGGGGGCGAUACAGGGACAGGGCCAGGGACAGGGACAGUAAAGGGGAGAAAGAGAAGAAGCGAGGGGAAAGAUGUCCAAAAGUAAACCUCAUUAGAUGCUCUUUUUCUUACACUUCGUCAAAGACGGGUGUUUCUGACAUAUGAUGAUAAAGCAAGACAAUGUGCCUUUUUUUAAUAAUUAAAGAUGCAGCUGACGAGUUUGCUAAAUUACCUCCAAUACUCUUAAUGUCACUGCAGCGGUUUAAAAACUCCCCUGUGAUGAAGGGUCACACUUUUGGCUCUGUAGCAAACCAGCCUGUUCAUCUUUAAAAUCAAAUACUUCCAUGCGAAGAUUUGCACUAACGGAAAAAAACUGUCUCAGUAAUGUAGUUCUCUAAACGGUCAGGGGACUCUAAUGUACAUCAGGAUUUAAUAUGACUUGUACAACAGAAAACAGAAUCAAAGUCCUGUAUCCUUAUACAAUUCCAAAUCUAUCUCUAAAACAUUUAAAAUAACAUUCAGUUAUGUAAAAUAAUUCACUUUACGUAAAUGCCAAAACUGACAAUGUAAGCAGUUCUUAUUAAACUUUGUAGCGCUCUCAGAUGAAAAUAUUUGCUUCUUAUAUCAAUAGUUAAAACCAAAGGCUCCCAACAGCUAACUACAUCUCCCAUAGUGCACCCUUUCAGAUUCUGGGAAAGCUCUUCUCUUAAAUCAGUUACUUCACUACUAUAAAGAAAUUCUGGUUUUCAAUGGCAAUGGUCUUCAUGGGUUUUAUAUUAAUGAAGGGAACCCCCAAAGCAAUGCUCAAAGAAUUCAAACAGACAUGUUCAUGAAUGACACUUUAAAAUGAAGGACGGAUCCUUCACAAGUUAUCAACCCAGCUGCAUGAUACUUUGCAGAUUCGCACUGACAAAACUCUGUCCUCUUCCUGUCUCUUUAUAUGAAGCUGUUAAUGUUGUUUGUAUUGCCCUCCUGUAGUUAUAAGUUGCCUUUCCAAAAUGUACAUCUCUCAGGAUGAAUUUUUGCACUUUAAGCUCCUCAGAAGAAAUGAGAAUCUGAGGUUUACUUUUGGACAAAAAACCAGCAUGAAAUGCAACAGAAGAAUAAAACCUGUACUGCAAAAGAAGAA